AGUACAGUUUGAAAUGUUUCUUAUCGGAGGCUUUCGAGCGGCAGAGACGCGACUGUGGAAAGUGGAUACGGUGACAGAGGAAGCAGGAGACGCUAAAUAUAGAGCUUAAAAAAUAUAUUUGUGUUGGCAACAAUACGAGGAUAAUUCGUAAAGACAGAGAAGACGAGUGAACACCGUCGUACGACUGGUUUAGCAGAGUUGAGCAUCUCUCUGCAAACAUGGCUUCACACAACCUGAGCGGAUUAAAACGAGAUGAAAAGGGGAGAAACAUCCAGGUCGUUGUCAGAUGCAGACCUUUCAACACGAUGGAGCGCAAGUCGUCCUACGGAGUUAUCGACUGCGACUCAAACAGGAAGGAGGUGCUCGUGAGGACGGGAGGGGUGAACGACAAGGCGUCUCGAAAGACCUACACAUUUGACAUGGUGUUCGGUCCCGCUGCAAAGCAGAUCGAGGUCUACAGAAGCGUCGUCUGUCCCAUCCUGAAUGAAGUCAUCAUGGGAUACAACUGCACUGUUUUUGCCUACGGUCAGACUGGAACAGGAAAGACGUUCACCAUGGAGGGAGAGAGGAGUCCAGACGAGCAGUUCACCUGGGAGGAGGACCCUCUGGCCGGCAUCAUACCCAGAACACUGCACCAGAUCUUCGAGAAGCUGUCUGAGAACGGCACCGAGUUCUCCGUCAAAGUGUCCCUGCUGGAGAUUUACAACGAGGAGCUGUUCGACUUGCUCAGCCCCUCCGAGGACGUCAACGAGCGGCUGCAGCUCUUCGACGACCCGAGAAACAAGCGAGGUGUGGUGGUGAAGGGUCUGGAGGAGGUGACGGUUCACAACAAAGACGAAGUUUAUCAGAUCCUGGAGAGAGGAGCAGCCAAGAGGAGGACGGCGUCCACGCUGAUGAACGCCUACUCCAGUCGCUCCCACUCUGUGUUCUCCGUCACCAUUCACAUGAAGGAAAUCACUCUGGAUGGAGAGGAGCUGGUGAAGAUCGGAAAACUCAACCUGGUGGAUCUCGCCGGCAGUGAGAACAUCGGCCGUUCAGGUGCGGUGGACAAACGAGCCCGCGAGGCUGGAAACAUCAACCAGUCACUGCUGACGCUGGGCAGAGUGAUCACCGCUCUGGUGGAGAAAAGACCUCACAUCCCCUACAGAGAGUCCAAGCUGACUCGAAUCCUGCAGGACUCGCUGGGAGGACGAACAAAAACCUCCAUCAUCGCCACCGUGUCGCCUUCCUCCAGCAACCUGGAGGAGACUCUGAGCACGCUGGAGUACGCCAGCCGAGCCAAGAACAUCAUGAACAAACCCGAAGUCAACCAGAAACUCACCAAGAGGACGCUCAUCAAGGAAUACACGGAGGAGAUCGAGCGUCUGAAGCGAGAUUUGGCCGCCGCUCGAGACAAGAACGGAGUUUACCUGUCUGUGGAAAACUACGAGAGCAUGAUGGGUCAGCUCAACUCCGGUGAGGAACAAGUAACCGAGUACACCGACCGGAUCGCAGCCAUGGAAGAGGAGCUGAAGAAGGUGUCUGAGCUGUUUGUGGACAGUAAAGCCAAACUGGAGCAGUGCGCCGUAGACCUGGACGAGAAGCAGCAGAGGCUGGAGGAGACGAGUCGAGACCUGCAGCACACCAAAGAGAAGCUGAGUCAGGAGGAGUUUAUCUGCUCGGAGUUUAACUCGGCGCAGGAGAGCCUCUACAACACCGCCACACAGUUGCUGAACACAGUGGACGCUAGCACCAGUGACGUGUCGGGUCUCCACAGCAAGCUGGACAGGAAGAAAGAGGUGGAGCAGCACAACAGGCAGAUCCAGCAGGGUUUCGCUGAGCGGAUGGAGGGAGCGUUUAGCAGCAUGCAGCGCUGCGUCGAGCAGCAAGGAAGCAAACACCACGACAUGCUGAGCAGCUACACACAGGCCAUCGACGGUUUGCUCGUGAAGAACGAGGCGGCGUUGAAAGGAGCCCUGACCACCGUGGAGAGCUUCGUGGGCGGCGUCGGGCAGCUGGUGGGGGAGGGCGUGGCUCGCUGUCAGGAGAGAGUGAAGCAGCAGUCGGCCCUGUGUCUGCAAGAUAAGGAGAAUCUGCUGCAGCUGCUGGAGGAGCAUCGGCAGGACAUGGAGGAGGUCCUGGUGGUUCGGACUCUGAUGGGUCUGUCGGCUGUUAAGGAGCUCAACGACACUCUGAGAGCCACAGUGGAGACGCAGCGAGCGCUGGCCGACAAGGUGGAGGCGAUGAAGGAGACGGGGGUCUUUUUCAGCGGACUGGUCCGGGACCUCGCAGGGCUGCGAGAGGACACGGUGCAGAGUCUGAGCUCCCUGCAGGCCGAACACGACAAGCUGGAGGAUCAGAUCAGACGGGCGCAGGAGAGACACCAGACGGGUAUGAAGCAGACCAUCCAGUGCCUGCAGGACCAGCUGAACCUGCUGACCAUGGAGACCCAGCAGGACUACACCGAUCUGCGCUCUGCCUCCAGAACUCUGAAGAAACCUCUGCAGAGCCUCCAGGAGAACGUCAGCAGCGGUUGCAGCACGGUGGAGCGUCAGGCCUCGACUCAGGCAGACCUCCUCUCCUCCACCUCCUCCUCCCUCGCCUCCUCGCUGCGUCUCAGCGCCGAUGAGAGCCAGCAGACUCUGGAGGAGCUGACGGGAUGCUGCUCGCACCUCCACAGCUCCGUGUCCGGUCUGGUGGAACGUGACCUCCAGUGGAGCUCCAGAGUCAGCAAACAUGCUGAGACUCAAGCCCAGGAACAGCUCACCAUGAUGGAGAGGAUUUCCACUGAGGUUGAGACCCUGCAGAAGAGCGUGGAGAUGCGCUGCACCGAGCAGCUCCGAGCGGCGGAGAAGGAUCUGUCCGGCCAGCAGCGGGAGGUGAAACAGGCUGUGACGGCUGUGCAGAACCAGAUCUCCCUGAACCGGACUGUCCUGGACCAACAGCAGGCUGAGCUCGGGGACCGCAUGCAGACGAGUCAGCAGCUGGUCCACAACUUCCUGCAGGAUGAGCUGCAGGAGGACGUCCCCACCGGUACGACCCCUCAGCGGCGGGAGUUUGCGUAUCCCGGGCAGGUGGCGAAGUCGCGGAGCCGCAGCGAGCUGCUGGAGAGUCUGAGGAGGAAACAGGAGGAGCUGCAGGCUGCCAUGGAGGAAGAAGAGGAGGAGGAGGAGGAGGAGGAAGAGGAGGACAAACGCAGCCAGGACUCUCUGGAGGACGAGCCGAGCGCCUGUAAUGAAAGCGUGGCCACGGAGCCGUCCUUCAUCGACGAGAACCUCGUCUUCAACGAGAGCAAACGCCUUCCUUUCUUCAAGCAGAAGAAAGGUGGAAAGGAGACGAAGAUCCCCAGCAGGCCGAAAGUGGCAGAAAACGAAGCCACGUCAACACCUCAGAAAUCCAGACUUCCACUCCGCUGUCAGAACUAACAGUUUUAAUAUAUUCUUUAAAAAACAAUGUUUAUUACUGUCCAACUAUUUUUCUUCUGCUUUUUUUUUUUUUUUUUUUAAAGUUUUAUUCUAAAUGUUAGGAUGCCGUCUAAUGAACUGUCACUUGUUUUAUCAUCAUAAUUGUAAUUGUCUUAAUUUUCAAGUUGCUUGUAAAAUUAAAGAGAUUUAUACUUGUUUUA